AUGGCUGUUCUUCCCCAAUGGCGAGCCUCGGAUCGAACCUGGGCACAGACUACCACUGGUGGCUCAACGGCCUCACAACCACUCGGGCCGAGCUCAGCAACGCCUCUUACUGCCCAAUCGUCUCAAACCUCGUCUACAGCAUCUACAACAGCUGCAGAAGCAAAUGUCGCGGAGCUACUCGCGAAGGAAACGGAAACAACACGCCGACUGCGAAGACAGUUAGCAGAGCAGGCAGAUAGCAUCGCAGCGAUGGCGAUGGAGCUCGCGCAAGCGCGUUCGGCCCAGGUGGAGGAGCUGAAGGCGAAGCUGGAGAAGGAAUUGAAGACAGAGCCGCGGGAGGGUGCGUGA